GUUUUGCUGAAAAAAGGGAAAAAAGCUUCGAUGCUCGGGUGCGUAAAUCGUAUGAGUUGUGUCUCUUGUAAAAUUUUCUCUUCCGUCGUUCUCAAAACUGGAAUUUUCCGUUUAGGAGAUAAAUAAAGUGAUUUGCAAAGCCAUGCCACCGAAGCGUAAAACAGUGCCGAAGGAAAACAUCCCUCCAAAGCGUGAGAAACUGCAAGAGGAGAUCCCAUCUAAAAAACCCGAUGAUAAGCCCAAGGCUGAGGAACUUCCGAAGGUUGCAAAAGAGGACAACGUUCCGGUUGAAGAAUCCACAGUCGACGAUGACGCUGGUGCCGAACUAUCGGAUAAAUUGAUGAAACGCUUCGAUGAGCAACCUCCGGGCAAACUGCUGAUCGCUGGCCUGGUCACAUGGGAACUGACGGGCGGUCCCAAGGCAAAACCGAUCUCCAACGUGCGGCCCAAUCUCUACAGCUUCCAUCGAUUCACGUCGGAAAUGUAUCGGUCAGCUGUAACCGGAUGUUGUUCGGCACAUUCGGUGCUGAUAACUAUGGACAGGAAAGCGCUUGCGUUCGGACGCAAUCAGCACGGUCAGCUGGGUCAAUCCGAUUUGCGGACAUUCGAGAAACCAACUCCGCUGAACGGAUUGAAAGACGUGAAAGUGGUCCAGGCCGCUUGCGGAAGGAAUCACACUUUGUUCCUCACCGAUAACGGGGUCGUUUACGCCUGCGGGGACAACCGACACGGUCAGUGCGGCGUUGGCCACACGAUUCCAUCAGUAUUAAAGGCAACUCGUUUGAAGUACACGGGUCCACCCAUCGUAAAAGUCGCUUGUGGGGCCGAAUUCUCCAUGAUACUGGACAUCAACGGAAGGUUGUACUCGUUUGGGCUACCUGAACACGGUCAGCUGGGUCACAACACGGAUGGCAAGUAUUUCAUCACGGCCAAUCGAUUGGCGUACCACUACGAAACGGUUCCGAGGCAGAUUGUGACGUUCGUGGAGAAGACCAAUGAAGGCCGCACCAUACCGAUCGAGGACGUUCAGAUUUUGGACUUUGCCUGCGGAAAUAACCACACGGUUGCCAUUGACUCGAAAAAUCGAGCCUUUUCCUGGGGAUUCGGAGGAUAUGGCCGUCUCGGACAUGCUUCGCCACAAGAUGAAUGGGUUCCCAGACUCAACAAAUAUUUCGACAUCCAGAAGCGAAAAGUUUUGCGUGUGUUCUGCGGAACGGCCUUCAGCGUGGCCAUCACGGACGUCGGAUGUGUGCACCUGUUCGGACGGAACAGGGUCAACGCCGACGCCAACAUGUACCCCAAACCGGUGCAGGAUUUGACCGGGUGGAAGGUAACGAGCAUCGGAGCGGGAUACUCGUCGAUUCUGAUUUCCGCCGACGAUUCGUUGAUCGCCUGGGGAGCCUCUCCGACGUACGGUGAACUGGGCCUAGGCGAUGAGGUGAAGUCCUCUUCGAAGCCGAAACUGGUGCCAGGUAUGGAAGGUGUGAAAAUAUCUCACGCAGCAGUGGGUCAAUCGCACUCUUUGCUGCUCGUGAACGUGGAGCACGAAUUUUCCAGGCAAAAGUACGACGAAUUGCCUGAAUUUAUCGUUGAUUGACUUUUCCUACCACAAUAUCGGCUCGCCGAGCGUUUUCAGUCGUUUGAGUUCCAUUCGUUUUUAUCCGUUAGGUUUUGAAUCGCAUUUCGUUACGAUUUGAUUACUUGAAGUGUGCCCAACCACUGUUGGCCAAUGAUAUUCCUAUUUUCUAUAUGUAAGGUUUCCAUGUUACAUAACUGUUACUGCUUAAAUUUUGCAAAUCCAAUAAAAUUGCAAACAAA